AUGAGAACCUCGCUUAUUUUGGCCUUUGCAAUUUUAUCAAUACAGUCAGCAUGGGCCAUUGAAAAGAGAGAUUACGAUAAACGAUCCUAUUACACAAUCCAUACCCUUCAACCCAAUGACAGAGCUUCAGCAGACUUGAUAGCUCAUGAGAUGGGAGGCAGAAUAGAAGGCCAAGUGGGCGAACUAAGCCAUUACUAUUGGUUGAGUAUACCCAAAGGCAGCAAAGAUGUGCUACAACAUUAUAAAAAGCAUAAAAGAAAUUUUGAUACCAUGGUGACGGAUAUCCAACCACAGAUCCCAAAUCGACGCUUAUACAAACGAGCACCACCGCCUAUCAUUGAAAACAAGGGCGAAGAAUACAAGUUGAAUGGCGAGGCGAUACCAUUACCUUCACUAGAUGACGCCAAUGGAUAUCAGCUCAUAAAAGAAGCGCUGUCCAUACGAGAUCCUGGAUUUGAUCGACAGUGGCAUCUAAUUAAUAGAGAUGAGCGCGGAAACGACGUGAAUGUAACAGGCGUGUGGAGUCAAGGCAUCACAGGCAAAGAUGUUGUUGUGGCCAUCUUGGACGAUGGAUUACAGAUGGAUCAUCCUGAUCUAAAGGAGAAUUAUUUUGCUAAAGGCUCGUAUGACUUUAACGACCAUACAGAAGAGCCCAAACCUAGACUCAGUGAUGACACUCAUGGCACUCGCUGUGCUGGUGAAAUUGCAGCUGUAAAGAAUGAUGUGUGUGGUAUUGGUGUUGCCUAUGAUGCCAAGGUGGCGGGUAUCCGUAUUUUGUCAGGCGAUAUUACAGAAGCCGAUGAGGCGGCUGCACUCAAUUACGCUUACCAAGACAACUCCAUCUAUUCAUGCAGUUGGGGUCCUGCUGAUUCGGGCGAGGUUGCUGAGGCCCCUCAAGGCAUUAUUUUGGAUGCCAUCAAGAAUGGUAUCAAGAAUGGUAGAAAUGGUACUGGCUCUAUCUUUGUAUUUGCCUCUGGGAAUGGUGGUGCUCAUGAUGAUAACUGCAAUUUUGACGGUUACACCAAUAGCCUGUAUACAAUCACAGUGGGUGCCAUUGAUAAAGCAGGCAACCAUCCCUACUACUCUGAAAGAUGUGCAGCGCAACUUGUGGUAACGUAUUCGAGCGGAAGCGGCGGCUAUAUUUAUACAUCCGAUGCAGGAGAUAACCAGUGCUCUGAUCGACACGGCGGUACGUCUGCAGCUGCUCCUUUGGCAGCAGGUGUGUUUGCUUUGGUUUUAUCCGUGCGUCCUGAUUUGACAUGGCGUGAUAUGCAACAUCUGUGUGUACAAUCAGCUGUGCCAAUAUCGCUAUUCGAUGACGACUGGUCAAAGCUCCCCUCUGGUCGAAUGUUCAACCACAAGUAUGGUUAUGGUGUUUUGGACGCCUAUCGCAUUGUCGAGUUAGCCAAAACCUUUGAAUCCGUGCGUCCACAAACCAAUCUGGAAGUUUUGUCUAUCAUUGAUCCUGAAAAUGAAAAACAAGAUAUUCCAGACUUGACACCACCAACAUCAUUCAAUGGAACUAUCGAGAAGGAGAAGGCAUUUACAACUUCAUUGACAAUCACGCGAGAUAUGCUUGACGAGGUGGGUUUGAGCCGUUUAGAGCAUGUCACAGCGACAGUGAAUAUCGAGCAUGAAAGACGCGGUGAUUUGGAAAUACUGCUAGAAAGCCCACAUGGUGUUAUCAGUCAAUUGGGAUCACCACGCCAGUUUGAUAAGAGCGAUGCUGGCUUGAAGGAUUGGACAUUUAUGACUGUAAAGCAUUGGGAAGAGGAUCCUGUUGGCGAAUGGACUUUGCGCAUCGUAGAUGGAAAACAUCCUGAAUAUAAGGGCCAAUUCAUCGACUGGAAGCUGACUUUGUGGGGUGAAGCGAGGGAAGGCUUUCAAGCGAAACCAAAGCAGAAGGCAGAUGACGACAGUGAUAAACCAAAUAUCGGUGUCGAUGAUUUUGAACAAGAUCAGCAAGAAACAGAUGGUUCAGAUGAGCACCAGAACAACCAGUCAUUUAUAGAUCAGCAAGACACAGUAAAGGAUCCAAACAAAGCAUACGUGAUUUACGGCGUUGUCUCUGUUUUUAUGAUUGCUAGUGUUGCAAGUACAGCAUUUAUUGUCAAAAAGUACAUGCUGAGCACAACGCAAUUGAGUUACACUAGGCCCACUGAAGAAGAUGCCUUUGAAUUUGACAAUUUGUUAAAUGAUUCAAACAAUGAUGAGGAUGAGGAUGAACAACUUGAUUUUGACGAUGAUAGUGUAGACGCAUUUCAAGUAGAUGAUGACAAUAGCAGCAAUAGUCGGGCGUAG